CUUGAAUUUCACAUUUUCAGCAGCAGCAGUGUACCUGUUGUGAAGGUCGUGCAAUUAUUUUGACUUUAGUUGUGGUCGUUUGGAGAGCCUACGAGAUGCUCAUGGAAGUCCUGUCCUAGUCUCACUUCUCUUCAGCCCUUGUAUUUUCUUUCGGUACAAGUGAUGUCUGCACGGGACACCCACCACGGCCAGAACGCGACCAGGGUGCGUCAAGGCAGAAGUGGUGAUGAUGUUGAUCCUAGUGGACAGCCACGAGCUAGGAACAAGCCAAUGGCGAAUGGUCAACAGCAAGGUGCACGCUCUACUGGUGGUCAGCAGCAGCAGCAGCAGCAGCAGCACCAGCUUCGACCUCGUCACGGCACUGGCGGUGGGAAUCAGAAGGACAGGCGAGGCGAGGGGCAGCACGGUCCCCUACGCGCUCCAGGCCAAUCUGGUGCAAGCCAUGCGGGUGUGACACACGCUAAUGGGGCACAAGGUGCUGCAGGUACUGCUGAUGCUCAUAGGCAUCGCCGUGUUAACAGAAAUGAUGACACCUCAGCUCGUGAAGACGGACAUUCUGGGAAGGCGGACCACGCUCAGCACCACAAGCACGCACCAAGUACACAUCACCAGCAUCCGCACCAACCACACCCACAGCAAGCCCCUCAGAAGGAGAAAAGCGAAAAGGUAGCCGCUCAGGGCGGUCAAAAGCCCCGAGCUCAACGAAACCAGGUGCGGCAGCAGCAGCAGCAACUUGAAGAACCCCUGCAGCACGAGCAUCAACAGUCACAGCCACAACAGCCUUUGCGACAACAUCAACAACAACCACCUCAACAAGCACCACAACGGCAACAGCAGGCACCACCACCGGUGCACCAGCAGCAGCAGCAGCAACGGCAAACUGCAACACCUAAGGAGCCAAACCAUCCACAGCAGCAACAGCAGUUGACUGCGCAGCUUCCCGCUGAACUGGCAUACUCCCAUUCUCCACAAUAUCCUAACCAGGCUCAACAGCAUACCCAAGCAAAUGUCCAGCAGCAGCUACAGCAUGCACACCAUUCACAACAUCAACAAAGUCAGCAGCAGCAGCAUCGCCAACCCCACAAUCAACAUCAGCAGCAUACCGCGGCGCCAUUGAACAAGCAAGCUGCUCCAGCCGUUGCGGAAGCAGGGAGUGCACAGCAGUAUAGGACUCAGCAGCAUGGUUCGAAUGUACCAGCUCAGCUGCAGACAGCUAGUUUUCAUGAAGAUCCACAACAGCGCAGGCGUGCUCAGCCCCAAGCCCAGCAAUCUGCUCAGCAAAUGCAGCAUGGAGCUGUGAGCAUGGGUCUUGGUGCCAUGCCAAAUGCACUAGGGCAGGACAGUAUGCUACUUGCAACCUCCAUUGCGUCCGAUAUGAGAGGCAUGGUCGGCGGUAGCACAGGUCACAGGCCUUCUGAAAUGAUGUCUGCUGAUGAUCGUCAGUCUUCCGCUGCUGCUGGCGCUGCUCUAGCCACUGGCAGUGGUGUCACAAGGUCUCCUUAUCCAAACCCACCGGUGACACUGCCUGGUCAUGGUUCUGCUGUCCUGCAGGGGGAUCUGGAGAGGUCUCUGAUCCAGCAGCGCCCGCCCACAGGGGAAAGCCUGCGUACUCAGCAGCCAGCUGUCCACAACCCUCCCAUGACAGCAAUGCCACCAUACCCGCCAUCUCCCGCAGGAGGAGCAGCAGCAGCAGCAGCUGUGCCACCGCCAGCAUCACAAUCAGCAGGGGGUCAGCUUGCAACACCGGCUGUACCACUCACCAGUACGCCACGCGAGUCCUGGACUCACUCAUUGCCGUCCGAUCAGCAUGCACCCUUGCCUGCCGUGGCUGGUGUGCAAAGCGACUUUCAAGCUAUGGCUAGUGGCUCACCUGGUCGUAACGUGCCUCCACCGAACACUGCCUACAACUCUGGUGCUGUCAGUCAGCCGGGCGAGAACCUUUCCAACACCAUCAACUCCACUCUGCCAGCUGGUGGCAGCAACGAAUUUCUCAGGACCCUGAAUUCACAGCAUCAGGAUCCAAUGGUGCCACCAUCUGGGCAACAACACGUCCUGGCCAAUUCCAAUUCAAGUGUUGCUUCUCCUGCUAGUGCUGGCGGAGAGGCAAUGCUGUCCAGGAGUUCAGUAGCCCAUAGUGUAUCUGGGAAUACAGGAAUCAAGGAAUCUGCACAGAAGCUUCUACAGGCUGGCCCUGGUGUGGUGCAGUCAACACAGCAAACGCGCGCUGUGCCUCCGGGCCUCAAGUCUGACGGCAUGUCCCAGUUCCAGCCUCCUUCUUCGUCUUGGAGUGGUCCACCCGACGGCAGUGUCAAUGUGGGUAGCAUGCAGCAUGGUACAGUUUCUGGUACGGCUACUCCUGCCGUGGCCUCCUCUGCUACAAGAACUCCGCCAGUAUCUGCUCCUAGUGGUGCUGCCUCUGCAUCACCACCAUCGUUACCAUUUUCAUCAGCUGAUAGUUUACCGUCUGCCACACCAGCAGCUCUGCCAGCAGCUCGUUUCCCAGAAGGGAACCAAACCCAGCAGUGGCAGCACCAGCAACGGCAGCAGCACCACCAGCAGCAGCAGCAGCUGCAACAACUACAACAGCAGCAGCAACAACAUGAACGACAACAGGAGACGCGCUACACCCAGCAUCAACAGCAGUCCCAGCAUCAGCAUCAUCACCCACAGCAACAUCACGAACAACACCGGCGGCAGGAACAUAAGCAGCAGCACCAGCAGCAGGAACAUAAGCAGCAGCACCAGCAGCUUCCUCACCAGCAGCAGCACCCACCACAGCAGUCAGACGAUGCACACCGUGUGGGUGAUUCUGCUGGCCAGGAAAGUAGCUUGUUGCCUGCCACUUCAACCGAUAAGCCGAACCUUGACCCAAAGUCAAUGCACGUUCAGCCGAAUUCAAACCUGCCACCCUCCUCCUUCCAGCAGCAACGGCAACAGCCCGCUGAUAAUCCGUCCAAACACGCAGAUGGCCAGGCUGAAAAUGAGAGUACUAGUGAGGGCAGUGCUGCAGUGCAUGAGUCCGACAUGAGCUCUGCCGCUGCUCCAGACUAUCCAGCAGCAAUGCCAUCGUCCAUGUACCCGCAUCCGCGCCAUUACCCGUUCCCGGCACAUCAGAUGGCCAUGCCUGGUCCACCCAUGUUCCAGCAACCCAACCCCUACAUGAUGCCCUUCAACUGGACGAUGCCAAUGAUGCCGGGCAUGGUUCCAGGUAUGCCGCCGCCACUGCCGCCACCAGCACUGCCUUCGCAUGCCAUGUUGCCUAUGGCUGAGCGAAUGCCAGUGUCUGAGCGUAGUGGUGCUGCCACUGCCACUGGUGGACAACACGGAUCCAGCGCCGAGGGCCAGGGUCAAGCAACUGCAGCUGCAGGUGCAGCAGAUGAUAAACCGGGCAAACCUACGCAAUCAUCAGUUGAAAACUCUCCCAAGCAGGAGGAGGAUGACGAGGUGGAUCGGGGCAAGACCGACGAGACUAUUGACACUAACAUGGCACCACCAACUCUGCCUGAGGUUGGCCGCGGCCAUUUUGGGCACACAAAGGAAGAGCAGCAGGCGUUUGCUUCAACCUCUGUUCCGACUGCAAGCACUCCCUCGACAGCAGUUAUGCCUUCUGCCGUGACAACUCCUCGCAAGUUGGGUGGAAAUUUUGACCAGAGUGUGCUGCUGGAGGUUGGGGGCAGAUUAUUCCCGGUGCUAGCGUCUACGUUCAUGCGCUACCCGGACUCUUUGAUCGGCAGAAUGUUCUCAGGCCAGGCUACAAUGGAGCUGAAUGAGCGGGGUGCUUUUGCUUUCGACCGUGAUAGCAAUUUGUUUGAAUGUCUGCUGGCUUUCUGUCGAACUGGUAGCUUCUACCCGCCUCCGUUCUACAGCAUUGCUGCUAUCCAAGAAGAGGCCAAGUUUUUUGGACUGUCCAAGUAUAUAUUCGUGCCUGGAAUGUCUGUAACAAGUCGUCAUCCAGUCUGCUUCUAUCGAGACUCGCAGCAUAUUCUGAACACGCCGGUGACUGAUGUGAAGGCAGUGCAUUCAGAUCAUGUGACCUUUACACUGCAAGAUGGUGACACGUUGCUAAUAGAGAACAUCAUCACAACCUCACCAUGUCACCUUUUUCUGGACAUCUAUGACUUGGAUGGGAGCAAGCCUACGACCCGUGACUUUGUCGUUUAUGAUCCGUAUCAGUCUGAAGCUUGGCGGACAUAUCGUUUCCAGUCGAACCAGCGUCUUGACUUUAAGCUAGUGUCCUUGGAGAAUACAUCUGUAUCGAUGAAGAUAACCUUCCGGCAAACAUACUGCUUUCCAGCGUGUAACCAAGUCUUCUCAUGUGUACAGAAUGAAGAGUAGCUACUUCACUCUUGCCGGCAAGUGUCAGAGUAGCUACUUCACUCUUGACGGCAAGUGUCCGUGCGGCCAGCGACGGUGUUUGUGCUGACAUUAUUGCUUUCAAUCAUGGUAUUUUCAAUUCGAGUGUAUCCCCCCCCCCCCCCCCUCAUACUUUUACCCUCCAUAUAUAUAACCAUACGCCUAGACGACGUCAUAAAAGUGUCAAUAUAUGCUUUGUUCGCGCAAGACAGCACGUCUACAAUAUUAUUCUUAACCCAGCAUGUAAACAUUAGGAUCGUGCUCUUUUACUCCGUCUCGCCAGCCCUCACCGCCCGCCACUGCUGCUCUUGCCGCCGAGCAAGGGAACAUGGUUGCAAGGGAAGGUGGGUGCCGGCGGGUGGUUGAUGAGCAUGUAGUGUGACCUGUGCUGCUUGCUUUAUAGCACACACACACACAUACACAUACCCUGAGUACAGUCUUUCUUGCAUGCCACUAUCAAAGCGUACUGCAGGCGUCCACGAAAGUCAUCAUACUUUCUUUUUUGAUAUUCCUCCCUAAGCUGAUGCGGACUUUUCAAGAAUCCUGCCAUACCGUUCCAAUGGAACACGCUUUCUCUCACCAGUUUUCAUCGCACAGCUGGCCUACUACCAUUGGUGCAGGCUGUGGAUUUAAGUUUUUUUUUUAUUGCUGUGAUGGGUCCCCUUCUUCCUGUGCUGUCUGGUGCACUGAAGAACCUGCAUGCUGGCUGAUCACAGCUCACUGCUGCCUAGUGACAUUAGUUUCCAUUCUUUCUUUUCCUGUUUUUGCUGGCGUUUUUCACCUGGUGUAGCUUGUUUUCCAGUAUAGGGUAACUGGCGAAGUCCUCUGGACUUAUUUUUUAAUUUUCUGCCUACGUUUCUGUUUGUUUGUGAUACUAUUUCCGUUA